GGCGCAGCAGUGGUCAGUUCGUCUGCUCUGGGUGGAGUGAAGUUUAGACAUGUACUAUAACAAAUUAGCUAAGAGGACUGCAUUAUGGCUGAGUGAAAAAUACUCAGAGGAUUAGAAAACGUCUUUAGAAAAACACUCAGGUCGGUACAAAGACGUUAGCAGAGAUGAGUGACGUGACUGAAGACGCGCUGCUGGAUUAUUUCUACUCCACCGGAGGCAAUACAGGCAGAGUGAAAAAUGCAGAUAUACUGAAGACAUUUAAGCCCUUUAUUGGCCACAGUGACUUGCAGUUACGUGCUAAAUACAGAGAGGAAUUCAAGCUCAUCAUCGACCGAAUUGCUGUGGUGAAGUCAGAGAAUAGUGAGAAGUAUCUUGUCCUGAAGAAGAAAUACAGACAGAUGCUGCAAGACCGCAAUGUGGACAAACAGAGACAUUCCAGCCCGGCCAGGACUCCCGCCAUGGCGUCGUGGGACUCGACAGACACCUCAGCAUCUCUUCCUCACUUGAAGGAACAACAGGAUGAGCCGAUGGCAUGUGGAGAGUCUGACACGGCUGCCGAGGAUCAGCAGACACCUGUCAUCCAAAUCCAAGAACCCUCGGAGCAAAACAACGAGGACGAUGAGAUGGACAAAGAGUCAGGCUCAAAGUCUGAGUCGGAGCAAGACGAGGAGAGUACGGGCAGUAUGGGCUCUGCUUCUGUUGCUCUGGAUCCCAUAGAGAAGGAGUGGAUCUACUCUGCCGCUGGUGCUCGGGUCCCUGACCUCUCUCAGCUGCUCACACAGGACCCCACGCUGGCAAAUAAGAAGGACUUCACUUCGUUUACAGCUCUGCACUGGGCCGCUAAACACGGCAGUGAGGACAUGGCUACUCUGGUGGCUAACGCUGGUGCUGACGUCAACACCAAAUCACAUGGGGGAUACACACCUUUACAUAUUGCAGCAUUACACGGUCAUCAGCAUAUCCUAGACCUGCUCAUAGGAACAUAUGGUGCUAAAGAAAACUUAAGGGACUACAGCGGCCACCUUGCCUGCCAUUACUUAAAAACUAAAGAACAAGAAGCUCCAGAGGAAGACAGCGAGCUGCAAUUUCAAGUCACUCAGGCGAGAGAGCGAAACAGGAACAGGAAGUUGGUGUCAUUGUUUCACUCUAAGAAGAAAUGGGGUUCAGCUGAGGAUCUGGCUCCUAUCGAGGAGGAGCGGACGGCGUCUCAUCAGCUCGUCCUUCCUGCUUUCAGACCCAGGAAAUUCUCCCGCUGAGGAAAAACUGGGAUGAUAUCAGACCCUACUCUCAGACAGCCACCAAACCCUCACAGCCACAAAUAUAUGUACACACAUGAUGUAAACCUACAUGUAUAGAAAUGUAAAUACAUGUACAUAUAUUAUCUAAACACGAUCACACAUUUGCCCAUGCACCUGAACAGCUCAAACAAGUAUUGAACACAGAUGCUUUAACUUUGGAUGAAUCUCUGCAGAAGAUGCUGUGCUUUAUUAUGUUUUACUGAUAUUUAUACAGUAGUUACCGUAAAAGUAUUUCAUUAAGCCUAUAAAUAUAAAUGAAUGUUGCUAACUUACUUAUGCCUUAAAGUUUCAAAAUAAGCUCAGGCUACAUGAAGUUUAGACUGUCAAAUAUGAGCGACUCAGGCCUACAGCAGUGUUGAUCUGAUUUAGUUCCAUUUUUGUUAUCACUUAAGAGUUAAAGUAGGAAAAUAGUCACAUUCUGGUUUGGUGUUACUCUAAAUAUACAACAAGAAGGGUCAAAAUUGUGUUUUAAGUUCAGUUUUGUAAAACAGCUGGAGUUAUAGUGAGGGAUUGAGUCAGAAUAACUACAGUUCUCAUGUUCUCAUGUUCCUAAUGAACAAAUGUCAUCCUGUGAAACAGCUUGGCUUGCUGAUGCGCUUUUAAUAGUUUUUUUGGACAACAAGAGAUUUUUUUUCUUCCCUUUUUUGGUCAAAAAUAGUCAGCAAUAUCAGAUUUACCACCACUUUAUAGGCAGAUAGAUUUACUGUUGGUUUUGGUCAUAUUUAUUGCCAGAGAAAAAAAAGUUAAUUCAACAUCUGUCAAAGGUUAGUCAAAGGUUCAUGUUGCACGUUUUUAUUUUAGGCCCCAUAAUGAUAAAAAAAUAUCUUAAACUGCUACACAUUUCAACAUUGCACAAGGCUGUUCGACAGUCUUUCUAUAAAGCCAUUAAAGAUAGAUCUGUAUCAGUGUGGCAAUGCAAUCAAUCUGUGAGUCAAGUUAAAUUGGUAUUUGGUAAAGUUAUUGUCAACACAUUGCAACCAUUGCAAUGUUUUUCCUCACCAAGAUUAUUUCCUUAAAUUUGUACCAUCAUUGUGGAGGAUAGGAAGUGGAUCGAGUUGGAAACAGGGAGAGGACGACAGAGAAAGUAAAGUGCGGGGGCACGAUGGUGCAUUUCAACAAUUGGUUCUGGCUCGACUCAGCUCAGCUCAAUUUUAUUUUCGUACCAGGCAGCAUUCAAGUUUCUUUUAGGUUCAGUCUGAGUUAAUAGCUUGCUCUUUCAUGUAAAUGUGGCAAAAACAAGUGUGAAGAGUGGUUGCUAUCUGAAAUUGGCCUGUUUGGUUUCUGAGCUGGUCUUUGGUUGGAUGUUGCAUUUGUAACGUGAUAAUACUCUGGCCAAUCAAUGGUUAGCAGUGGCUUGAUAUCACAUUUCAGUAUCCACUCACCUUGAAGGGAAAAACACCUGAUGCUGUACCAAAAAAAGUACCAGGUAUUAGAUACUAGAGUCAAGCCCUGCAGAGUUGGUAGAACAUAGCUGAAAUCAGGGGUUGGCUGAUAUUAAUUGUCAGGGUGAAUACUGAUUCCCAUUAAAAAGUUAUGAGACCGAUAAGUGAUAUUUGGAACAGAUAUGUAUUUACAAUAAAAAUGAGCAAAACGUGUCAGUAAUUAUAAUGUUACAUUGACGUGUUAUAGGGUGUAUACCUGCAAUAAGAAAAAUCUAGACUAUUUCAUCACUGAUUACUAAAGGUGAUUAGGGCUAUUACUGGUGUGGCUUGCCAAUCAGAUCGUGUUGUGGGCGGGACAUUAGGAAGACUCCAGAGAGAGUAGACAGAUCCAGAUUGGAAGACUUAACCAACAGGAGAGCUGAAGUAACAUACUUUUGAAUUAAUUCACUUUAUCAGUGAACAGUAAAAUAAAAUGUGAAUACAGAUAAUCAGCUAAAAGCUAAAUACUGGUCUCAAAAUAGGCAAGGCUGAUAACAGCUUGAGCCCUAGUUUAAAUGCACCAAAACACAGUCCGUCUGCUUUUUAAAGAACAGCCUCUGCACAUGUGGUUGAUGAUGAGACAUGCAUGACAUUAUCAGCAUCAUCUCAUAUUAAUAUUGGCAGAUAUUAGUUUAAAAGUCAAUUAUCAGUAUGGAUAAAUCUGCAAAUUAAAGAUCAGUGAUUUCUUUAAUUGUUCUGUUUCAAGUAAGAUUUAGUGUCCUUAAAGUAUAUUUUCAAGCUUUACUCAAGGAAGCCACUUUUGAAAAGGCAAAUAAGGAAUUUGUGCACAGAUUUUUUAAUGUGACCUCUGCAGCUCUGUUUAUGGUGCAGAUUUCUUUAAAUUUGUCCUCUUCAGUGUUGAUUUAGCUCUUAAUUGUGUAUUGAAGUGCCAUGUUAACUUUUGCAAAACAAAUUUGCACUAUUACAUGUUGAAUAAGCAUCUUCUCAGUUAUCUGCCCAAUGGUUCAAUUGCAAUGCUUUUUGCAUGGCUUCAGACAUGUUUAAUUUUUAACGGUUUGUUUUCUAAUUCAGUGCUUUUGUAAAAGUGAUUUUUUUAAGUUGAUUUCAAUCUUCCUCUGUUACAUUUUUGCACAAUAUUUAUACAGUAUAAUGAUAUUUUGGUAUU